AUCUUGAUCCUGCCUUCAGGCUAGUAGUAAGGUAAGGAAAUAAUGAAACCCAGCAGGACCAAAUUCUCAGUUCUACUUCCUCCGAAGUAGAAAGGUGUCCCGGGGUAAGCCCAAAUGUUAGCUGACUAGCUUGUGGCUCACCUACCGUGAGCAGGGCGGGGCCUCUCUCGAGGACGAUCCUGGGGCUCGGUGGUUUCCCAGGUGACCGCCUCUUGGGAGGGAAGGGGCUAAGGCCCGGUUCCCACAGCUUGGUUUUCCCCACAGGUGGUCAGGUUCCCGGACCCAGGAGGGUCGGCCCGAAAUUAGGCCUCUAAGAGACAGCACGAUUCCAGUGUGGGGACUUAGGCAGAACAAGGCGGGGCCUCGAAGUCAAUGGGCGGGGCUCGGUGGGCGGGGCUCUGGUCCGGAGCAACCAUCGGUCUCCCAGGAAAUCUAGCACUCUGACCUGCGGUCAGUCGGUCUCAUAGGUCUGAAAAGGGGGCCGCGACGCAGGCAGGCCAUGCCCUGGGACUCCCCAGCACUGUGGGAGCUGGUGGAGGAGCAUGUUCCACUCCCGGAGCGGCCUGAAGUGAAGAGGAUUCUGGGGGAGGCAGCGGUGGAUCUGAGCCUGGAGUUGCGAGAGGAGGUGGCGACGUUAAAGGCACUGCUCCAAGAUUUUCGAUCCUCUCAAGCCUCGGGAUCCCACCUGGUCUCUGAGCCUCCCUCCCUUCUGGCACCACCACCCCUCCUGAGGGAUAUCAUGCGCCAAGAACUCCGACAGUUGCUCCAGUGCCUCCGCUUUAAGGCUGUCUAUGAGGGCAGGGACCAGACCCAGGCGUGGGCCCAGUAUAGUCCCAAGGUCCUUCGCUUUGCCUUAGAGGAGCCCAGGUGUGAUUCAACACAACAGGAACUAUCCCAGAUGAGAGCUGGUGAGGCCAGGACUAGAAUGAGCAACAUGGAGGGGGUGAUGUUAACUUCACAUGUCAGCAGCUGUCACAGGGACCUCAGUGUCAUCAAGGACCAACUGAAUGUGUCUGACAUUGACCAGGUUGCCAGACACCUGAGGAGCCUCCUGGAGGAGGAGUGUCACAUGUUGCAGAGAGAGGUCUCUGACCUGCAGCACUGUCUGGAAAUGGAGCAGAUGCAGUCUUGCCAGCCUUCCAAGGCCACCCUAGAGCCCACCCUGGCAGAGAUAAAGGAACAGAAGGCGGCCAUGGAACAGGAGCUACAGGUCUCUCUGGGACCUUCCUGUGUCUCUGGCAAGCACAGGCAGAAGCCCUUGAGGUCCAUUCCAGGCCUCAGACCCUUUCCUUGUCUCCACGGCUACAUGCCGACACCUCCCUCGGAGCGCUGCCCCCACCCUCAAGGUCGGACAACCACUCAACGCUGGAGACGGCAGCUUCGAUACAGCUAUUGGGAAGAGCCAACUUCCACAUCAGUGUCCAGCGCGGCAUCCCAGGCUCCCACCUGAAGGGCCGGUCACAAAACAGGCUUCUGCCUCUGCUGUACCCUGCCCAUCUGUUGUUACCUCCAGCGACCACAGCUCCUACCGGUUUCUGCUUCAUUCUCAGAUGAGCUCACAGACCCCACAAAGCUGUGUGUUAGUUUGGUCCCAGCCCCACCCCUUGCCAGGUCACUUGUAUCUAGGACUGAGUGGCAGGACACCUGUUCUACCCAU